CCACUGUGGGACAAGAAGGGAAACUCUUCCAAUACUUAAAAGUGUUAGCUGUCCUUUUGGGAAGAGGUGCUGUUGGCAAGACCUUCCUCCACACUUUUCCUGUCCAUAGUGGAGACGGGAAAGGUGCCACUCGUGGGAGCCUAACCGGAAGGACAUCAUGCCACAGAAUGUCAUUCUCCCAGGCCCUGCACCCUGGGGAUUCAGGCUUUCAGGAGGGAUAGAUUUUAAUCAACCUUUAAUCAUCACCAGGAUUACUCCAGGAAGCAAGGCUGCAGCUGCCAACCUGUGCCCUGGAGAUAUCAUUCUGGCCAUAGAUGGCUUUGGAACAGAGACCAUGACUCAUGCUGAUGCCCAGGACAGAAUUAAAGCAGCAGGUCAUCAAUUGUGUCUUAAAAUUGACAGGGCAGAAACUCGCUUAUGGUCUCCACAAGUCACAGAAGAUGGGAAAGCACAUCCUUUUAAAAUCAACUUAGAAUCUGAACCUCAGGACAUGAACUACUUCGAACACAAGCACAAUAUUCGGCCCAAACCUUUCAUUCUCCCAGGCCGAAGCAGUGGAUGCAGCACUCCCUCCGGCAUUGAUUGUGGCAGCGGACGUAGCACCCCUUCAUCUAUCAGUACUGUUAGCACUAUUUGCCCAGGUGACUUGAAAGUUGCUACCAAGAUGGCCCCUAACAUUCCCUUGGAAAUGGAACUUCCAGGUGUGAAGAUCGUUCAUGCUCAAUUUAAUACACCCAUGCAAUUGUACUCAGAUGACAAUAUUAUGGAAACUCUGCAGGGUCAGGUUUCUACAGCCCUGGGGGAAACACCCCCAAUGAGUGAAUCAACAGCCUCUGUGCCUCCCCAGUCAGAUGUAUACAGGAUGCUUCAUGACAAUCGAGAUGGACCUACUCAGCCACGCCAAUCAGGUUCUUUUAGGGUACUCCAGGAUUUAGUGGAUGACCCUGAUGACCGUCCUGCUGGGACAAGAAGUGUAAGAGCCCCUGUUACAAAAGCUCAUGCUGGUGCUGGGAGUGGACAAAAGAUGCCACUGUGUGACAAAUGUGGAAGUGGCAUUGUUGGGGCUGUCGUGAAGGCACGUGAUAAGUACAGACAUCCAGAGUGCUUUGUGUGUGCUGACUGUAACCUUAAUCUCAAACAGAAAGGUUACUUCUUUGUGGAAGGACAACUGUACUGUGAAACCCAUGCAAGAGCCCGAACAAGCCCACCAGAAGGAUAUGAUGCAAUUACUAUUUAUCCAAAAGCUUAAAUGUCUCCUAUGGAUGCUUAGGGAGCACACACACAUUCACUCUCAGGCAUGCACACAGGAAGACAUUAGUAGCUUUGGGCAGUCAUAUAGUGAAAUGUCUACUCUAAAUCAAAAAUACUGGAUUUUGAGAGUUGAUUUUAUUAUCAAUUGAGGAAUUGCAUUAAGGAAGCAAGUUCAGCUGAGUGGGAGGGUGGAAGGGGAGAAAAGGAAAGCAUAUAUUUAGUUAUAUUUUGCAAGUAUGUUAUCUUUGAAGCUAACAAAGUAAUUUGAUGGCAUUUAAAGCAGUAAUAUUUUGUAUGCUUUACUAUAUUAUUUAAAAUUGUUUUUUGAAUGAUGUUACAUGUAAAAAUAUAAUCAAGAUGUCUAUUCAAAUUUUGUUUCCUUAAGACUAUUACCAAUCAAUAGAUUUGUAAUAAUAACCUUGCUUUAUAAUGCUAACUGAAUUUUUCUUUGUCUUUUUCAAUUAUUAUGACACAUCCAGGAGGGAAAAGACUUUCUUUAGGUUUUUGAAAUUUGAAAAUUAUAUCAGUUAAAUAUGCAUAAUAAACCCAUAGAAAUAUGUUUAAAAUAACUAAAGAAGUAGGGUGUAUUAUAUAUAUAUAUAUAUAUAUAUAUAAAAUUAAUGCCUCCCAAAAAAAGAAUUUGAUCAUACUUGACAUUAGUUAACAAUAUUCAAGUGUGUGGGAUUGGAAGGAAAUGCCAACUAUUUCUUUUUAACUUCUAAAAUUGAUUCAUUUGCCAAAAACUAUGCAUAACACAUAUAUAUAUGCAUUCAUGAAUAAAAAGAGCAUUUACAACUACAAUGAUCAUUCAUUCAAAUGCAUAGAAUAGAGUCUAUAAUUUAUAUAUUUAAUGAGUUUACAAUUAAUUUGUUAUACUAUGCAAUGUUAUACUAUACAAUGCAGCCUAGGAACUCCUUCAGUAAAUGGUAUCAAAACUAAGCUUCCUGUAUAUAAAAUUCUCAUUUUCAAUAAAGGAAUUAAAAUAAAUUGUGAGACAAAAUAUUAGAAUUUUAAAAUAAUAAAGUCUGAAAAACACA